GAGAGAGGGGGCAGAGCGGGGUGCCCCAACCUCCAUCUCUGUCAUCGUGGGAAGCAGAAACUCCGGAGGCGGAGAAACGACUUACAUCUGGGGCACCCCCGUCUGGCCAACAUGGCUGAAAGCCACACCCCGUAUUCUACCUUGAAGAAGCUGUUGUCGUUCCUCGAUGGCUUCGUGGCUGUGUCGGGCAUGGUCCUCCUCAGCCUGGGUGUCGGCGUCAGGUACGGAGGGGCCACCCUGACGAGGGUGCUCGGGCUGUCCUCCGCGUACCUCCUGUACUUGAGCCUCCUGUACCUGGUUAUGGGCUGCGUCACCAUCCUCCUCGGCCUCGCCGGGUGGUACGGAGCGAUGAAAGAAAGCAGAGGCACCCUCUUAUUCUGCUUCCUGACCAUGGUUAUCAUUCUCGUAUUGGAACUCACAGCUGCCACUGUGGUCUUUCUUUUCUUCCCGAUCGUUCGAGACGUGGCCCUGGAACACAACUACGUGACCCUGAAGAAGAAUUACCGCGGCUACAACGAGCCAGACGACUACUCCGCGGGAUGGAACUUGGUGAUGGAGAAGCUAAAGUGCUGCGGGGUGAAAAACUACACAGAUUUUUCCGGCUCAUCCUUUGCGCAGACAACCGGCCACGCCUACCCCAGGGGCUGCUGCAAAUCCAUGGGCGCCGCGGACUGCGAUGGCCACAACGUGUCCACCCGCGUCAUCCACCAGGCGGUAACGGGGUUCUCUUGCCUGUCAUCUCGCUGGACGUCGAGGGCCGGGCUGUUUCCAGAAGCUCCUGAAAAUAACCGAGACUCAAAGUUCCAUCCUGAGUGUGGGCUCGCUGGGGGCGGCAGCCAUACAGCUGCCAGGAAUUCUCGCCACUUUGCUGCUCUUUGUCAAACUGGGCUGAACGCAGGCCGGACACGAGAUCUUCUGGGCUUAGCCGGCAGCUGGAAAUUCGGUUUCAUUUUUAUUUGGUCAUUCAGAAAGUCCUGACAAAUGUUUGUGGUUUUCUUUUCUUUUUCUUUUCUUUUUUUUUUUUUG